AUGACUGCGCUCUACUUCGCUCUCGUCUCCCUCCUCUCUCUCGCUCUUCUUGCCUUGCUCUCUGAGCUCCUCUACCUUCUCCACUGCCGUCUCCGGGCUCCCUCCACCGAUCCCGAGCUCGGCCGCUCUUCCCCCGGCCGGACCCGCAGGGCGUUCCUCCUCCUCGUCGCUCCCUGCUUCAAGCAUCGCUCCCGCGUCGAGCCUGCCGCCGCAGAUCACGCCCCUCCGAAGCCUCCGCUGUCUUCCCCGAAUCCGGCGGCCGAGGAGGAAGAGGAGGAGCAGGAGUUCGUCCGGUGGCAAGAGAUGCACUUGGGACCCUCGCGCUCCCUCUACAGCAUCGCCGAGGAGGCGGAGGAAGGGCACGAUGAGGACGCCGAGGAGGAGGAAAAAGAAGACACGCCAUUCGCUACGCCUUGUCCGUCGCCGGAAUUCUACACCCCGUUGCCAUCUCCGCCUCGGGCCGCGGAGGCGGCGGCUGCCGACGAGGUUGUGCUGGUAGAAGCCAAUUCAAGUUUCCGUUCCCUACGGCUCUUCUGCUCAGCUCAGCUGUAG